AUGCACGUAACUGCUCAACUGAAACACUGCGGCUACAAAUUUGAACAUAUCAGCUACAAUCGAGAGGCUUACGCGUCGGGUAGACUUGCAAGAGAACUCAAGGAAAAUGUCAAAUAUCACCAAUGCGUCUUAUUGUAUGCCAAACGAAUCUUCUUAGUUUUCCGUGCAGUAGUUUCAGCUUACAUAGCGAUGACUUCAUUUGCCAUGGCUGUAAUAGCUUACCAAAUAGUCCAAGCUGAUAGAGUUCAAGACAGUUUGAGGUACACCAUGUUGCUUUUAGGAUGGGGAUCAUUAUUUUUCCUGGUGUGUCUCCAAGCGCAAAAAGUGCAAGAUGAGUCUGUGGCAAUAUCAAACUCGAUCUACAACAGCGGAUGGGCUGAUGACUUUUUUGACUCAGACAUUAGGAGGAGCAUUAUAAUAACCAUGCGUAGAGCUCAAAAACCGGUUCAUUUGAAGAUCUCCUGUUUGGGGAUCAUUUCAUUGUCAAGGUUUAUCACGAUUCUAAAAAGUGCUUAUUCGUUUUUUGCCCUUUUGGUGACCCUUACAGAGAGGACCGAAACCCCACGUGCAACAUAAGAGAUUCAACUGUUGAAAUAUAUUAAAAUAGUUAUUAGUUUAAGCACUUUAGUAUAGUAUAUCUGAAUAUUAUAAUAGAAUUUUAUUUGUUAUAAGUUCCAACAAAUUUUCUUGCCCUCCAACUGUCCUUAUUUGUAUAUUAUGUAGCUUAUUUUGUAUUGUUUUGUUGUUGAAGUGUGAACCAAGAGUCUAUUGACAAAAAUCACCUUAAUUGGAUGUUUGUCA